AUGUCUGAAAGGAAGGUUUUAAAUAAAUACAUACCCCCGGAUUUCGACCCCGACGCUCUCAGGAGGCACAAAAAGCUCCUAAAGGCCGACGGCUUUGGCAAAAAGGAGAGUCCUCUGGCCAUUAAGCUAAAGUAUGGCGACUCUAAGCUCAUGAACAUCCGUAUGAUGUUCCCGUUCACCUUCAGGUGCGAGGCCUGUAGAGACUUCACCUACGUCGGCACCAAGUUUAACUCCCGCGUUCAGAGACUCGACAAUGACACUUAUUUGGGGAUUGUGAAGUGGCGUUUUUUCGGCAAGUGUCCCAACUGUAAGCACGAGAUUGUGUUUAAGACUGACCCGAAAAACGGCGAUUACACUCUGGAGUCCGGGGGCACCAGGACCUACGAUGCCCACAGGGAUGAACAUUUGGCCUCGGAACAACUGAGCAAGGAACAGGAAGAGAAGAAUGAGACUCUUGGCACAACUGAGAAGAUGGCUGAGAAGGCCGACCACGCCUUUGCUGAGUAUGAGCAGCUGGAGAGACUCACUGCCCUCAAGCGGCGUGCUGGCAGGAUGCGGGAGCGCGAGAACUUGGCUGAGCUGUCUCUGCAGCGGCUUCAGAAACGGUCACUUGAGUUUGAGGAGGGGAACCAGGAGGAGCUGGACCUGUUUAAGCGGGAGCAGUCUGAGUUGUACAGCAAGUACUGUGAGCCAGCAAUGCUAUCUGACGAUUUAAGCAGUAACGACGGGGACCUGGAAUCUGUAGAAGAUGAUGAUGAAACUCCUGAUUGUCCCCUCGAUGAGGAAUCAUCGGUCAGCCUCGACAAUUCAUCAAACAGUGCCCCUGGUCCUAGUUUUACUGGUAACGCCGCCUAUACUGACACUAGCACAAAGACCUCUAAUACCACUAAUAGUAGCAAUACUUCUAAUAGUGGCAAUAUCGCUGAUAGUAAUACCAAGGACAAUAGCACUAAUACUGCCAGUGGCAUUGCCACUAGCAGUGGCAAGCCUAGUGUUGGAUCUGACAAGCUCUAUUCCACGAAACUUAAGGUCCAGGUUAAACCCAAGAGUAACCCCUUCACUUUCAACGGGUAUGAAAGCGAUGAGGACGGCCAGUAG